AUGCCGGCCAUCAUCUCGGCCGCCGAGGUGACCGACGCCGAAGCCAUCCACCCCGGUUACGGUUUCCUGUCGGAGAACGCCGACUUUGCCGAGCGCGUGGAAAAAAGCGGUUUCACCUUCAUCGGCCCUUCGCCCGAUUCCAUCCGCCUCAUGGGCGACAAGGUGUCGGCCAAACAAGCCAUGAUCCGCGCGGGUGUGCCGUGUGUGCCGGGCUCCGAAGGCGCAUUGCCCGACGAUCCGGUGAUCAUCAAGCGCACGGCCAAGGCCGUUGGCUAUCCGGUGAUCAUCAAGGCGGCGGGUGGCGGCGGUGGACGCGGCAUGCGCGUGGUGCACACCGAAGCGGCGCUGCUGCAUGCGGUGCAGACCACCAAGGCCGAAGCCGGUGCUGCGUUUGGCAACGCCGAGGUCUACAUGGAGAAGUUUCUCCAGAACCCGCGCCACAUCGAGAUCCAGAUCCUGGCCGACACCCACCGCAACGCGGUCUACCUGGGUGAGCGCGACUGCUCCAUGCAGCGCCGCCACCAGAAGGUGAUCGAAGAAGCGCCUGCGCCGGGCAUCCCACGCCGCCUGAUCGAAAAGAUCGGCGAACGCUGCGCCACCGCCUGCAAGAAGAUCGGCUACCGCGGUGCGGGCACCUUCGAGUUCCUGUUUGAGAACGGUGAGUUCUAUUUCAUCGAGAUGAACACCCGCGUGCAGGUGGAACACCCGGUGACCGAGUGGAUUUCGGGUGUGGACAUCGUGCGCACGCAGAUCGCGGUGGCGGCGGGCGAAAAACUGCCGUUCACGCAGCGCCAGGUCCAGUUGCGCGGUCACGCCAUCGAGUGCCGCAUCAACGCUGAAGACGCCUACAAAUUCACGCCCUCGCCCGGUCGCAUCACGACCUGGCACGCGCCGGGGGGCCCGGGUGUGCGCGUGGAUUCGCACGCCUACACCAACUACUUCGUGCCACCGAACUACGACUCCAUGAUCGGCAAGAUCAUCGUGCACGGCGACACGCGCGAACAGGCGCUGGCCCGCAUGCGCACGGCGCUGGCCGAGACGGUGAUCGAAGGCAUCAAGACCAACAUCCCGCUGCACCGCGAGCUCAUGGUGGACGCCAGCUUCGUGGCCGGCGGCACCAACAUCCACUACCUUGAAGAGUGGCUCUCCCAACGUGAACGCUGA